CGAGGGCAGGGGGACCCAUCCAGCCUGAGGCAGGCACCGCUUGGCUCAGUACCUGCUUGCUCAGGACUCAGGAUGGCUGCCGCAGGCCGCUGCCUCUCCCUGCUGCUCUUGUCCACAUGCGUGGCUCUGUUGCUGCAGCCACCACUGGGUGCCCAGGGGGCCCCGAUGGAGCCAGUGUACCCAGGGGACAAUGCCACACCAGAGCAGAUGGCCCAGUACGCGGCGGAGCUCCGCAGAUACAUCAACAUGCUGACCAGGCCCAGGUACGGAAAAAGAGACAAAGAAGACACGCUGGGCUUCCUGGAGUGGGGAUCCCCCCAUGCAGCUGCCCCCAGGGAGCUCAGCCCCAUGGACUUGUAAUGCCACCUCCGGCCUCCUCGGACUCCAGGGGCAGCUCUCCCCUUUGCACCCUUGGCUCCCACCAAAGCUUGCUCCCUGUUCCCACACAGGCUAAAUAAAGCAAAUCAAAGGCA